AUGGAGCGCUUCCUCACGCAGGCCAUGAUAGUGUGCUUCAUCCUGGGCUCGUCGAGGGUCGCGGCUCAGGGCUGCAAUGAGCUGCACCCCGUGACCAGCCCCUUCAACGAGAGCGCCUGGCUGUCAUGCAUCGAUGGCGUGGAGCCCGUGGUCUCGGCCUCCACCCCUGAUGCCUUGUAUGACCUCCUCUCCAACCUGGGCGCUGCGGAUGUGACCGUCGUCAUCACGGCUGACAUGAGCCUCUCGGACUGGGCCAUCAAGGCCACCCCCGUUGUCGUGUCCCAGAACCAGAUCGUGGUCCUGCGUGCCGAGCUGACCUCGCUGCCCGACGUCACGCAUGGCCUCCCCGCCCUCCUGGCGGCGGGUGCCCACAAUCUCAGCCUGGCCCGGCUCCCCGGCUUGUUCGAGGUGCAGACCGGCGGCACCCUGGCCUUGGUCGGCCUGGUGCUCACCCACCCGCCCAGCGCCGCGGCCUACACCGCCGCCUUCCCGGCAGGCACCAUCCGUCCCGCCGGCCUCGACCUCUACCCAGCAGUCCUGGCCGACGACCGCGCCGUGGUGGCCACCUCCUACACCAGCGUGGACUUUGAGGACGCCGACUGCUCCCAGGCUCUGAUCAACAGCCUGACCUUCCUGCGCGGCUCCGCGCUGGCCUCCGCAGACGCGGUGGGCGAGGUGCCGGGCGCGCCCACGCCGGCGUACUACACCGACGAGGUGGGCGCGCUUACCCUGGCCAUGGUCAACUCAAGCAGCCUCCUGCGACUGCCCGGGCAAUUCAUGGUGCAGCCCUGGCCGGGCCUGGGGUUCCGAGACGGCGUCGAAGAGCCGGGCCUGGGGUUCCGAGACGGCGUCGAAGAGCCGGCCCCGGUCCCCGGCCUGGCCUCCCUCGACGCCCAGACCUGUGACGUAGGCCUGGACGCAGACCUGACACGCCUGGCGGCCCUGCAGUCCACGUGGCGCGGGGCGGUGGCCUCCUCCCUGGACCUGGAGUUCCUGGAGACGCUGGCGCACAGCCGUGGCGCCACGGUGUGGCGCGGGCGCUGGCGCGGCUCCCCUGUCGCCAUCAAGGUGGUGGAGGACCCGGCACGCGCCGCGGCGCUGGCGGCCGAGGGCGACCUCAUCCAGUCGCUGAGCCACCCCAACGUCGUCAGCGUUUACAUGGUCUGCGCCGCGCGGGGUUUCGACCUGGGGGCCGGGGCGGAGGAGGGAGGCCGCCCCGAGGCCCGCGCAGCAGCAAGGGUCAUCGUCAUGGAGCUCUGCGACCGAGGUUCCCUCCAGGACUGCGUGCGGGUGGGGGGCUGCGGACUCUGGGGCGCCGACGCCGCACAGCCGAACGAGGAGGCGCUGCUGCGACUCUUCAUCGAUGUGGCGACGGCCCUCGACUACCUGCACUCCAGCGGGGUUGUUCACGGCGACCUCAAAACAGGCAACGUGCUGCUCACCUCGGCAGCCAACAGCAAGCGGGGCUACCGCGCCAAGGUGGGGGACUUUGGGUGCAGCAGCAAGCUGUGCCAGCCGACUGGCAGUGUGGAAUGCGGGACCCUGUCCUGCCUGGCGCCGGAGAUUUUCGCAGGCGCCGCUCCCUCCCCUGCCGCAGACUGCUACGCCUUUGGCAUCCUGGUGUGGGAGGCUUGGACGCGGCGCCGGGCCUACGAGGGCAUGCCCGCCCUGCAGAUCAUGGCCGGCGUGGCACAUGAAGGCACGCGCCCGCCGCUCCCCGCCGACAUGCCCCCGGCCCUCUCGUCCCUGGUCUGGGACUGCUGGGUCGCGGACCCUGCCGCCCGCCCCGACUCCCUCCAAAUCCUGCGACGGCUCAGGGCCCGGCUGGCCUCGCUCGGCGCGGACCUGGGCCGCCCCCGACACUCCCUGCCCCACGUGUGA